AUGCUCCGUACAUUCACCCGUUCCUUGUCUAGUGCCAAGCCACCAAUCCAAUUGUUCGGUAUUGACGGUACUUAUGCCAGUGCCUUAUACUCGGCUUCCGUUCAAGAAUCCUCCAUCGAACAAUCUUUCCAAGCAUUAACCAAGAUCAAUGGUUUACUCGAAUCCGACCACAAGGUCAGAGAAAUCUUGGUCAACCCAGUCUUGACCAAGGAUGACAGAAACGUUGCCAUCAAGACCAUCUCACAAAACUUGAAGUUGGACAAGACCGUCACCAACUUCUUGAACGUUUUGGCUGAAAACAACCGUUUGAGCAACUUCGGUGCUAUCUACGAAAAGUUCUCGUUGUUGAACGAUGCCCACAAGGGUGUUGUUGAAGCCAAGGUCACCUCUGCCAAGCCAUUGGACUCCAAGAUCUUGAAGAGAUUGCAAACCUCCAUCGGUAAGUCUUCAUUCGUUGGUGAAGGUAAGACCUUGAAGUUGAGCAACACUGUCAACCCAGACAUCUUGGGUGGUUUAGUUGUUGAAGUUGGUGACAGAACCGUUGACUUGUCUAUCUCCGCCAAGGUUGCCAAGUUGAACCAAACCUUAAACGAAGCAUUAUAA